UUCGAGACCAAGAGUUGAUUCUAGAAUACUCUAAUCGCAUGAACAUCAGACCGCACGGACGCUUACCCAGGUUUCAAAAACAUAUUUUCAAGAACCCUACAACUUUGUGGCCCCAAAGUAUCAUCCUGGCCUCGCGCAUCAUGAUUCGGCUUCCACCCGAACUCCCCAGCCGGCUCAUGUUCUGCAUUUUUUGAUACAGGACCGGUUUGAGGCAGAUGGCGUGCAUCCGCACGUUCGGGGCCGAGGUCCUCCACCACGACCGCUUCCAUCGGCGCAAGUCUCCAAAAUCGGCGCUCUCAAACCAUCGCGGCUCCGAAUUUGGCGAACAAUCAACCUCCAACCGACGCCCCGAAUCGCCGAUCGGUGGAGGUGGUGGGCGGGCCAUGGACCUUAGGGCUUGGUGAUCGACGGAAAUCGUGUUUCGGCUGUCCCAGCGCCCGCGGACUCGGAUCGCUGCCAGGAUGAUUCCGACGUGUCCAAGAAUAGUGCAAGAGCCAUCGUCGAUCGUCGACCGUCAAUGAUAUAUGAUUAACGCCAUACAUGCUAUACAACUUUCACAUGUGACUUGAUAUAGUCUCAACUCAACCAUUUGCUCGCGUUCAUCAACUCCAAUCCACCAGCCCACUCGACUCGGGUAUUCUCUCUAUCCAGAUCAACCAGCCCUACGCCACCACUACCUCCUUCUUCCCAUCCUUCGCCCCAACCGCCCC